AUGACAUCGAUUUCCCAGACUCCGGGUCUUCAACCACAGGGACAGAGUAACAACGGUGCCAAUACCGCUGUCUCACAGGCUCGCACUCCUGCCUCUUCUGAAUAUUUUCCGCAGACCGUUCGGGGUGAAGCGGCAACCUCCACAAUCGCCGGAAGUGCGCCUUCUCAACCCCAUCAGCAUGGAAAGUCGCCCUCAGUCUCUUUGAACGGCAAACACAUGCAGCAACAAGCAACUCCCGUCGUCGGUGGCUUGACCAUCGUCAACGGAAACACAGCCCCCAACGCUUCCGCCCCUAACUCUUCCCUACACGACCGGAAGACCUCAGUCACUAUCAACCCGAGCUUAAUCCCGAAUGGAGGCCCAGCUGGUGCUUUAAGACGCGCAAAUAGUUUGCGAUUUGGUUCAAUGGACUCCCAAGGAGCGCAGAUGAACAACCAAACCUCUCUUCCAAAUCAACCUCAGUCGACUCUAGGCGUUAAUGCAUCUGUGAAUCCCCGCGCUACCUCUCCCCAGACUUCACCCUCACCCAUUCCGCAGCCGAUAGCAAGCGGCGGGCGGCCACCGUCAUCCCUGCAAGGGCAAGGAAAUAACCUUAACUUUGGCAGUUUUGGUGGUGAUCCGGGUGAUAUGAACCGGUCUGGUAUGCGACCUCCGCCACAGGGCCCUAUGGGUCCAAACGCCCAGUCCACCCACCUUCGACGUGAAUCUUCCCACUCACAACAUGGCGAUAUGGGCCAUCAUGGUAUGCCGGGCGUUCCCCCACGUGGAGGAUACGGUGGUCACGGUGGCAGAGGAAGAAGUUACGGACAGCCACACCAACCUAUAGGAUAUAACUCUCCAGGCCCUACCUACAGAUCCACUCCUAACCAACCUCGGGGCGGACCCAAUAUGGGUUUCCAUGGCCACAACCAGCGAUCCUUAGGCCCGUUCCCUCAUUCCCCCCGUCAGACAGCCCGAAGCCCUGCGCUUUCUAACGUGAACCCAGCGACUCCCCCGAUGUCUCAAGUACCCCUAGCAAACACACAAAUGCAGGCCCAGCAUUAUAGCGGAUAUCCUCCUCAUAUAGGCCCUCAACAAGUAAAGCAACAAUCUUCUUACCCCCCCAACUCUUCUAAUCGUCGUUCAUAUGCAUACCACAAACAAAAUGGCCCCAGUUUUAAACACUCAAAUCCCCCACAACAACAUUUAACUCCCCAAUCCCAAAUUAAUUUCACCCCACCUAUAACUCUGUCGCCAGAGAGUGGUCAAUUUGAACAAUAUCUGACGAUUAUUAAAACGCAGGGAUUCGUUGCUCAGGGCUAUGAUCCUAAUUAUUACUACCAACCACCCCCAUAUAAUAUGCCCCAGAGCCAGUACCAAUACAUGGCUCCCCCAUCGCCUCGAGCCGCUAUGAACGUGCCACACCCUCCUCAAGCCCCGUAUAUGCAGCCCCAAUACAGCAACCAAGGUCAUGCCCCUCCACAAGCCACACCACUUUCACGAUCUCCUUCCCAGGUUUCGGGUCCAGACCGGCCAGGCUCUAGUCUCGGCCCGACCCAGACUUCCGUACCAAUGGCACAAGGACCAUCUCACGGUGCCAGUCAAUCUACUAGCAGCCCAGUCCCUAAAUCACAGUUUGUUGUACCUCCCACUAAAAAAACCACAGUAGUUAUUCGAGACCCCACCAGUGGCAAUGUGAUGCAUUACGAUAAACAAAGCGCAUCUCCUGCUCGUGCAACUCCCUCACCUGUGAAAUUAGGUGGGACCCCAGCUUCGACCCCACCUCCCCGUACCGCCAGCCGUGCCGAUCAUGAACGGACAGAGUCCAAGACCAUGACAGGAGAGGAAAAGAAGCAAUCUUUCCAGGACGCUAUUGCUCAGAAGGUUCGAGCCGAAGCCGAAGCUCGUAAGAGAGAGGAGGCUGAAAAGGCUGAGAAGCUACGAAAGGAAAAGGAGGAGGCGGAAGCUAAAGCCCGUGAGGAGUCGGAAGCGAAGAAGGCUGCGGAAGAAACUGAGAAGUCUGCUGCCCAAGAGAAGGAGAAGGAAGUAGAGCAGAAGGAAUCAGCAGCCAAGGAAACAAGCAAGGCGGAAGCACCAAACCCUGCUGAGCCGGCUGCACCAGCUGAAGAUGAGAUUGAUUGGGAUGCUCUCGAAAGAGAGCUAGCUGAGAAAGAAGCUGCAGCUGAGAAGGCCUACGCAGAAAAGAAGAAGAAGCAACAAGAGGAGAAGGCCCGCAAGGAGAAAGAGGAGCAGGAGGCUUACCUCGCCAAUCUUAAGAAAGCUGAACUGGAAGCGGAGGCUGCAGAAGAGGCUCGAAUGAAGAAACUUGAACUUGGUGAAGAGGAUGGUUCCAGGAAGGACCGGACCGAUUUGUUUGCCUCCCUCAAGCAGAAAGGUGCCCAAUCUCCUACAUCCGCAGCUGAGAGCCCCGUCAUUCGAACCCCUGCGGAAAGCGGAGCUGCAACUCCAGUAUCAGAUAUCUCGAUGGGGCCACCCCCACCUAAGCCAGCCAGUGGUGGAAAGCGUGACAACAAGCCAGCUGCAUUGAAAUUAGAGACUACCAAAACGGUUGAGCCACCUCAACCCAGCGCUGCUAUGAAAUCACUCCAAACCGCUCGGUUCCUUGAAGACCCCAGCAAGAUUACCUACCCACCUGCUAUCGUUUCACCUAAUCCCGCUCUCAACGCCAAUGCUCCAGUUGACCGGAAAUUCAAAUACAACAAAGAAUUCCUACUUCAAUUCCAGUCUGUCUUUAAGGAGAAGCCAUCAAUAGACUGGGACAGUCGCGUUCGAGAGACCGUUGGAGAUAGUACGGAUAGUUCAUCGCGUCCUGGAUCUGCGCGAACUCCUAUCGUGAGUGGUGGCCGAACGUCAUCUCGUCCUGGUAUUCAAGGUGCUUUCCCCAACCCCAUGGGUAAAUUUGGUCAAGCUCCUGGACGCGCACAAACAUUACCUUCUGGGGGUAUGGGUCGGGAUGGAUUCCCAAUGGCGGGUACUGUCCAUGCUCCAUCCAUGGCUAACCCCUUUGGACACUUCGCCCGUGGUCCUAGUGGGAUGCCUAUAAGUGGCUUGCCCAUGAGUCGUAGCAGCUCUUCGACCAUGCAGCAGAUACCGUCCCCGCGUACUGCCAGUCACCGCGGUACUCGUUCAGGAAGCAAGCGGGAUAAAGUAUCUAAGAAGGAAGAGGAAACUCACAACAAGGCCAUGCCUCUCACCGCUGGCUUGGAUAUUAAGCCAUUGGUUCCUUCUCAGAGUGGCUGGAAGCCGCGGAGCGUGGGACAGAAUCUUUCCGGCCCUGCUCUUGGUGGUGACGGACACAUGCCUCCCGACGUCGUGCAGCGGAAGGUCAAAGCCAACUUGAACAAGAUGACGCCUGAGAAGUUCGAUCGGAUUUCUGACCAGAUUUUGGAAAUUGUGGGACAGUCCAAAGAUGAAUCUGAUGGCCGCACGCUCCGACAAGUCAUCCAGCUGACCUUUGAAAAGGCCACGGAUGAAGCUCACUGGGCUCCCAUGUACGCCAAAUUCUGCAAGCGAAUGCUCGAUAGCAUGAGUCCCGAAAUCAAAGAUCAGAAUAUCCGCGAUAAGCAAGGCAAUGUUGUUACUGGUGGUAGCUUGUUCCGGAAAUACCUCCUCAAUCGCUGUCAGGAGGAAUUCGAACGGGGUUGGAAGAUCAACCUCCCCGAGAAACCUGAAGGUGCCACAGAGGAAGCUGUCAUGCUGUCUGAUGAAUAUUAUGCUGCCGCUGCGGCGAAACGUCGUGGUCUCGGUCUUGUCAAGUUUAUUGGUGAAUUGUACAAACUUGGCAUGUUGACUGAGCGCAUCAUGCACCAGUGCGUGAAGAAGUUGGUGGAUUAUGAUGGUGUUCCUGAAGAAGCUGAGGUGGAGAGCUUGACGAGUCUGCUGAGGACUAUUGGGUAUAGUCUUGAUAAUUCUGAGAAGGGCCAUGGUAUGAUGGAUGCGUAUUUUGUGCGGAUUAAUAUGAUGAUGGAGAGCCCUGGCCUGGCUAGUCGGCUGAAGUUCAUGCUUAUGGACAUUGUCGAUCUACGGAAAGCUGGUUGGGUGUCGAAAGAUGGUGACAAGGGUCCUAAGACUAUUGUUGAGAUUAGAGAAGCGGCUGCCCGUGCCCAACAAGAGCAAGAAAUGGAACGCAUGCGCCAACAAGCAAACAGAGGCGGACGAAUGCCAAUGAGUCGUGGUGACUCACGAAACUUCUCUGGUGGAUAUGGCAAUCAAGCUCCUCCUCCAGACUUUGCCUCCAGCAAAGUUGGCAGUGAUGAUCUCCGCCGCCUAAAAACGACCAGGAAUACCAACCAACCCGUAUCCUUCGGACCGUCCAGCAUGUUUGGUGCCCGGAGCAACAGUGGCCGCAGAAAUCUGGGACCUGGUGGUAGCUUAGUCCGUGGCAGCGAGGACAGUGGAGCUAGUUCCCGAACAGGCACACCGCCAGGUGGAAAAGAUAAAAAGGACGACAAGGAGGCUGCAUCCUCAAUAAAUGCAUUCAGGUGA